AUGAAUACAAAUAGCAGCCAAGACGUUAGACAGACAAUACCAGCAGCAGUAUCUCAAGAUGAAGUCGCAAAGACCAACUUGCAGCGUACUCGGUCCGUGACCAUCAAGAACCAUCGCUCGAUUCCGCUUGACACAUCGCCAAGUGGAAGAAGUCUGGGCACUGUCUCCGCCACUAGUUCAGCUUCGCUUUGUUCUGAGCAGCGAAAUUCCGACGAUGAUGAAGGUGUGGGGGACCCUUCAGUUAGAAGAGAAGAAGACGAUGAGCAACAUGCCCGUCCAGUGACCGGAGUCGGUCGAACCCCCACAUCCCAGAGACCGUACUCUGCUUUUCCACAACGGACCAAAUGGUUGAUCGUCAUUCUCGGCGGAUUGGCGGGCAUCUUCUCGCCCAUCUCCUCGAACAUCUUCGUACCUGCCAUUCCGACAUUAGCGAGAGACUUCAAUCGCUCAGAGCAAGAUAUUACGCUUGGAGUCACCAUCUACCUCAUCUUUCAAGCUAUCACACCGUCAUUCUUUGGCAGUCUAAGUGACACUAUCGGCAGACGGCCGGUAUAUAUCGGCACUCUCACACUGUACAUCGGUGCAAACAUUGGUUUGGCGCUCAUGCCAACGAGCGCAUACUGGAUGUUGCUGUUCUUCCGCGCUCUGCAGUCGACUGGUGGAUCCGCAGUCAUCUCCAUCGGCGCGGGAAGCAUAGCUGAUAUCGCCGAGCCCCAUGAGCGGGGCAAAUUCUUCGCUGUGUUCCAGCUUGGAGCUCUCAUCGGUCCAGCUUUUGGUCCGCUAUUGGGUGGUGUGCUCGCCGACACGCUAGGCUGGCGGAGUAUAUUCUGGUUCUUAACCAUCUCCACUGGUGUCGUCAUGGUUCCCCUCAUCCUUUUCUUUCCUGAAACUCUCCGAUCCCUCGUUGGCGAUGGCUCGAUUCCUCCGCCAAUGUCAAAUAUGAGUCCAAUGAUGCUAUACAAGCACAGCAAAAUGAAGCGGGAUGUGAAAAAGCGUGGCGAGGAGUGGGAGCACACAGAUAGGCCACCUCGAAAACCAUACCAGCCUCUUUCUGCUUUCCUCAUUCUAUUGACUCCAGAGGUGUCUUUGAUCUUCGUCUACGCGUCACUGCUGUACAUGCAGUUCUACAUGAUUCUGACACUCUAUUCUACCGCAUUACGGGACUCGUAUCAUCUUAACGAUUUGAAGAUCGGUCUUGCUUACCUGCCCAACGGUUUUGGAACCCUUAUCGCUGCACAAUUGAAUGGUCGACAGCUCGACUGGAUGUACCGGCGCGAGGUGAAGCGUGCGGACGGUGACUAUCGCAAGGCUGGAGAGGAUUUUAGAUUAGAGUUGACCAGAAUCCGUUGUCUGACGCCUUUCGUUAUCGUCUUCCUUUCUGCAUCCACGGCGCAGGGCUGGACCCUUCAGGUGAAGGCACCGUUGGCCGCCACUCUAGUUCUUGGCUUCUUCACCGGUUUGGGUACCGGUACCAUGAGUACAGCCACUCUGUAUGCUCAGGAUCUGAUGCCGGGAAAAGGUGGCGCCGCAUCGGCAUCUUUCAACCUCGUACGCUGCUUGCUAGGCGCCGUAGGAACAGCGAUCGUCCAGAUCCUCUACAAAGCUCUUGGAGCCGGCUGGACAUUGGUCCUCCUUACCGGAAUAUGUCUUAUUGGCACUCCUAUACCUGUGCUUGUUAUUCGCUAUGCUAGACCAUGGCGCGAGAAGCGACGCGAGCUUGAAGAAGCCAAGCUCGGCAUAAAGGAUGGAGGAGAGCUCGGACAGCAGAGACGAAACGCAUUGGUCAUGACGUCUGGGAGAAUAGAGAGGCCAGUCUCUAGGAUACGAAAGGAGCCUACCGGUCUGGCUAGGGCAGAGAAGUGA